AAAAAAAAAAAAAAUUACAAAAGACAGAGAGAAAGAGAGAUAAGAAGAGGAAAGCAAAGAAAAUGGCAGUGUGCGUUACAGGCGGAUCAGGCUAUGUGGCUUCUUCCCUCAUCAAAAAGCUUCUUCUAAAAGGUCAUAUCGUCCAUGCAACUGUUCGCAAUUUAGAUGAUGAAUCCAAGGCGGGGAUUUUGAAGAGACUCCCAAAUGCAACCACUAAUUUGGUGUUGUUUAAAGCCGACAUUUAUGAACCCCAUCAGUUUGAAGCUGCCAUCCGAGGCUGUCACAUCGUUUUCCAUGUCGCUACUCCUUUACACCACACUCAUGGAACCCAGUAUAUUAACAGCACAGAAGCAUCAGUUAUGGCGGCGAAGAAGAUUGCGAAAUUUUGCGUGGAAUUGGGAACGGUGAGGCGGUUGAUCUACACGGCCUCCACCGUGUCCAUGUCGCCAAUGAAAGACGACGGUAGUGGUUUCAAAGACUUCCUCGAUGAAACCUGUUGGACGCCUCUUAAUUUUUCCCGUCCUUUCUCUAACUCAACUUUUGAGGCAUACGUAGAUUCAAAGACGGUAACAGAGAAAGAAUUGCUUAAGUUCGGAGAGAGCGAGGAAUCGGGGAAUUUGGAAGUGGUUACAUUGGCAUGCGGCCUGAUCGCCGGCAACACUGUUCAUCCUUCUUCAAACGCAAGCACUAUCAUCACAUUCUCUCAGUUUACAGACGAAAGUGAAGCCUUCAACAUCCUUAGAUAUCUGGAAGAGAUAGAUGGUAAAGUCCCGCUAGUCCACAUUGAUGAUGUUUGUGAUGCACACAUUUUCUGUAUGGAACAAUCUUCAAUCCAUGGCAGAUUCUUGUGUGCAACUUCUUUCUUGUCUUCUUCAGAUAUUGCCAAUUACUACCGUCUUCACCAUCCUCAAUUGCGACAAAAACAAGGGGAAUGUGAUGAAGUGGCUAAUAGAAACAUCAAAAUGAACUCCAAGAAGUUGAUUGAGAGAGGUUUCAUAUAUAAAUAUGAUGGUGAUAUGAUACUUGAUGAUGCUUUCCACGGUUACAAAAAGCAAUUUUUGGAUUAAUUGUUUAAUUAUGAAACUGCUAUGAUGUGACUGUUUUAUCAUAAUUGUUAAAAGAUAUAGAUUUUAAAAUCUUAGAUCCUAUUUGAUAAUCG